AUGAGAGCUAUUCUAUUGCUGUGUCUGGUGCAUGCAGCCCUUGCUAAAAGAUUUCUCUGGUCGCCAACAGCGACUCCAGACACCGAUCCAUACAACGUGUGUGUCAAAAACCAGGGUUCCUGUGGCUGCUGUCUGAUGGUGAAAGAGAUAAACAGGCUGAUUAUGUACUUUAAAACAAUGCUGAAUAAGUUGGAGGAGGAAUACAUGCAAACAGAGCAACGUCUCCACAAUAUUAAAGCCAGCCGCAGUGCCUUCUCCGUCUCUUUAACCAAUGAAAGCAAUUUUAACUGCUUUGGCCCUUUCAAAGUCGACAAGCUCAUCCCCUACAAACAUGUCUUCAUUAAUCUGGGUGAUGGCUACAGUGUGGAGACCGGUAUCUUCACUGUUCCACUCUCGGGUGUCUACAGCCUCGCCGUCACCAUCUUCAGUGACGCCGGCUCUGCUGGUGCACUCUUGGCUGCCUGUGCCAGUCUGCAGGUUAACGACGAGGUGAUAGUCAGUGGCAGAGAAAAAAAUACCCACGACCAAGAGGACAGUUCCACUAUAGUUGUGGCUCGCAACCUGAAAGCCGGGGACAAGGUGGCUGUCAACCUGCCCAUUGGAUGUUUCCUCUGCGACGACAGCAACUAUAACACUUUCAGUGUUUUUCUGCUUUAUCCUACUGUAUAA